AUGGGCACGCCAUGGGCCGCAAAAGCACCCCUGCAUCCAGGAGGUCAUGAGACGGCAGACUCCCAGUGUGUGGAGUUGGAGGUGCCCUUCAAGAUGGGUCAAGAGGACCUGCGGACCGUUCUGAGUUGGUCGCCAAGAUGGCUGCAAACGAAGGUGGUUGGUGUUGGAAGCGCUGGUUUCGUGGCCCAGAACAACGUCGUGGUUGUUUUACGCAAGCUGGAAGCACGUGUACAUGUGCUGAUGGAGGCCAUGCGCUCGGGCACGCGGUUCAUCGUCGCUCCGACUGGAGGCUUGAAGAACAUUGUGGAAGAUGACUUCACCGAUCUCUGGACGGAUGGUAAGAUGACCGUCGAGGCGCUUGUGGAGCAAGAGUUUUCUCGAAAAAGUAGAAAGUGA